UAUUAGCCAGUCGGAUUUUAUUGCGGAAGCGAUUACUUUUCUCUCGCAGCUGGCGGCAGGCAGGCAUUAUUUGCUUAAAACAAAUACUUUCCCAAACAUUUAUAGAGCACAAAACAUCGUCAACUCAAUAAGCUCGACUUGAGAAGCGAAUACAGUUGAUUGACUUCAUAACAAGAAGGCUGUGAAAACUGUCUAAACAGGCGUGUGUGACGCGUCUCUUCCUACAUUCAGAUCCUGUCGUGUUGACGAUCAAGAAUUGCUUUCAUAUUCGCUAACUACGGUUUUUGACACUUUCCCCGCUAGUCAGUCGGGAUGAAGCCUGGAGUAGGGGCAUGUCAGGACCCCUGUCAGGGUGGUCCGGGGGUGGGUGACAGGGGGGAUGACACCCUGGUGCCUCUGCCCCCUAAAGACACCCCCGGCUCCCCCACGGGGUCACCCUCAGAGUUGGGAAGCCCCGGCCCCCGCCAGGUCGCGACCUUUGACCUGCUCAAGAUGGUAGUGUCUUACAAGAGGAUGGCCCUGUUUCUGGAGCCGCUCACUGACACAUUGGAACUGGCCCGCUACCUACUGGGGUGGAGGAUGCCUCUGUGCUCACUACUGGUCUGUCUACUGCUCAACAUCCUCUUCCUCACUCUGAGUGAAGUGGGGUGGUUCUCUGUGUGUGUUCUGGGGGUGUCUGCCCCGGCUGCCCUGGGUUACCUGCAGGACAGGUGUGGGGGCGGGGCGUCGGAGGCGGAGCAACAGAAGAGGCGGUGCCACGCGGUGCAUCGUAAGGACCUGCAGAACGUUCAGCUCACCAGACAGGAUGCCAUGCUGGAAGUCAAGGACCUGUUAAAGCAGCUAGAUGACCUGUUGUCUCAUGCCUGCCUGUCUGCUGAGUCUGUCUACAAUCUCCUGUACUGGGAGAGCCACUCUGAGUCCUCUAGGUUCUAUGGUGGCCUGUUAGCUGUGUUGAUGCUGCUGUAUUCUGUUCCUGUGGGCUGGGUGCUGGCAUGUCUCACUACUGCCCUCUUCCUGUGGAACAGAGACUUCUGCAGGGUUGUGUUGGACCUAAGGGAGGUGGUCCAUUCUGGCCAGAACCCAUCCUCAGAAGGAGAGAUGGACCACACAGAACCGAACCACGGCAGCCUGGACAGGACUCCCACUGCUACCAGCUUGGAGGACCUGUCCCCGGGCAGCGUAGAGGAGGCUGAGGAGGCAGAGCCUGAUGAUGAGUUCAAAGAUGCCAUCGAGUUGACUCAGGAGCCCCUUAUCUCCCUGCAGGAGACUCCCUUGGCUUUAGUGGAGGAUGAUGACGUUACUUCAGAUUUGGACACCAUCUCCAUCACCUCAGACAACGGUCUGCUGAGCCGCAAUGAGCCAAUCCGCAGUAAGGUGUCCAAACUGACGGAGAAGCUACGAAAACGCUACCCCACCAACAACACAGGUAACUGUUCUAGCUGCAGUGCAGUCUUCUCAGUGGUGAAGAGAAGGCGGAGCUGUAGUAACUGUGGCAACAGCUUCUGCUCCAGAUGCUGCUCAUACAAGGUCCUCAAGGCCUGCAUGGGUGUCACAGCUCCAGAUGCCCAGAGAGAGACAGUGUUUGUUUGUGCUGUCUGCAACUCCACCCUCAGCAAGUGAGAAAUGACUACCCCUCCUACCCACUCAUGGAGACCCAGGGAGGGUACUGCCCCUCCUACCCAGGAUUCAAAGCUCCUUGGCUGGGUAGAGCCCGCGGCAGAUCAGCCUCUACCCCCCCUGGUGGUGGUUCAAAACCCCAGGUUGUCUGGUUCUCUGGCUCCAGCCCAGGUGACCAGGGUUAUUAAGAUGAAUCAGUCCCAAAUGGCAACCUAUUCCCUAUAAAUUACACUGCUUUUGCCCAGAGCCCUAUUGGAUUCCCUAUGGGCCCUGGUCUACAGUAGUGGACUAUAUAGGGAAUAGGGUCAUUUUGGAUGCUACCCCAGACUCCCAUCAGCUUGUGUUGCAUUGAGAUUUAUCCUGUACUGUCAUGGAGGUCCUGAGAAUGCUGUGUGUGUGUGUGUGUGUGUGUGUGUGUGUGUGUGUGUGUGUGUGUGUGUGUGUGUGUGUGUGUGUGUGUGUGUGUGUGUGUGUGUGUGUGUGUGUGUGUGUGUGUGUGUUGGAUUGUAUAAGAUAUGCUAUAGAUUGACCCUGUUAUAACUUAUCCAUUCUGUAAUGGUUUUAUAUGUUGGUCCUAAUGUUAAUUUAAUGGAUGUAAAGACAGGAUGCUAAAGACUAUACCUUUGUCCUAAAUGGCAUACCCUAAUCUCUAUGGAGCAUAACCUAAACCCAUGGAGUGAUUUCCAGAGGUGAUCCCAGAGCUGUGUUCAAAUACUCAUACUAACUGUACUAUUUGUGACGUAAAUUGAGUAUGUAGUAUACUUAUUGGUCAUGGUAUGGAUAUAGUAUGCCAAAAGUUCCUGGAUGUCGUACUAAAUUCACCAAAAUACGAAGUAUACAAGCAGUGGACACUAUUUCUGUGCUUUUAGGGCCCAUAAUGCAAUUAUUCAGAAAAUGUUGAGCAAUGUAAUAAAGUAAUGACUUUUCAAAUAAGUUAAACAUUAUGUUGGCUGACAAUUUAUUAGCUACGCUGUCCUUACGAACCGCAGCAUGUCAUUCAGCAGUAUGUACCGGUCUGUUAGCUAGCUACCUAACGUUAGUUGGCUACUAAUACAUUAUAUUAUAAUAUUAUAUAUAUUAACUAUCUAGCUAACUACCCAAUGUUUAUUGACUUGAUUAUUCACAUCAUUCUUAGCUAAGUGGUAGAGUCGUCGUGUGUUCUCAAUGGACAUUGUUCAUUCUGGCUAUCUACUCUGAUUUCAGAGCAUCUCUCAUCUGUGUGCCAGUGCACAGAAUAGCUGAAUAAAACGCGUUGAAUAUGGCCGGUGUCAGUAAGCGUUGGCAAAAAAAUAAAGCGUAAUUCAAUUGUUGCCUGCAGCACAGUUAGUCACCAACACUCAGCAUAACAUGAAAACUGCCUAGCCAGCUCUGCUAGGGUGAGUAAAAUGGUCAGAGUGAGGUUCUCUCAUUUGUGUCUGGAAGUAGCUAGCCAGUUAGCUUGGGUGCUUGACUGCCGUUGUGAGGACAGAACGCUCGGAUCAACCCUAUUCCUUGGCCAGAGCGUCUAGUGUGGGCUCCGAGACCGAAACGCUCUGGAAUUACAAUCUGACAACGCUCUGGAUUUACGAAUGCCCAGAGCGCAUUCUGAGCGCUCUCUUGCACUCCAUGGGUGAAUUUACGGACACAGCCGAAAUCGUAAAAUGUCUAGCUAGUAAUUUGUUAUGCUGACAAGCUAGCAAGAGGUUGCAUAGCAACAGCAUAAACUUCUGCUAGACAGGCGAAGUGCUAGUACACUCAACUGAAGGGAUACCCUUCGUUUACAGUAUUCUAAAAUGAACUAAUAGUAUGUAGUUUAUACUCAUUAAGUAUGUAGUUACAGUAUUCUAAAAUGAACUAAUAGUAUAUAGUAUAUACUCAUUAAGUAUGAGGUAUACAGGAUGUUGGUAUGGGUAUUUGAACACAGCACAGGUUUUAGAUUGACACAUAAGAAUGUACAUGUUACACUUUUACCAUUGUAAUCACCUAUAUUCAAUCCACUGAAAGUUUAUAUUUAUCCAAUGUAAUAAUUCAUUCAUUUGAUUGAUUAUCUUGACAGAAUGGAGGAGUUUGUUUACUCUUCAUUGCUUCAAUAAACUGUGAUUUUGAAUGUUUGAAAUUAA